AUGAAAAUCUGUUUAAUUACCGUUGUACAGUUUCGGCAAUCGAAAACCCUAAGCCCUCAUUUCAAAUUCUCUCUUCUUCUCAAUUAUCAGAUGCACUAUCUACGAUACCAGUUGAUAAUUGAUUCAAUUUCUCAGUGAAUCAUGAUGGGUAUUCGCAAAUUUUGUAGACAACUUCACACAUUAUCUCGUGAAUUUGGCCCCAGCGAGACGUUGAAGAGGAAGGUUGCUGAAUUGAAGGUGAAGAAGAAAUGGAAAGAUCCUCGGAAGAAUCAGUUAUUUGUUCAGGUUCCUGAUUCAAGAUCAUUCCUUGAUACUGCUACUAUGCCCAUGAUACUCACUGUUGUUGGGACCGCACUUUUCGCAAAGCUCCUCAUGAUGUAUGAUGACUCGAAGUCGCAAGAUAUGAUUGAGCGAAAAAUAAAGAAUGCGCCUGCUGGUCAAGGAACAGUUAGGAUGCUUACCCGCGAAGAAUGGGAAUCAGUUCAGGAAGUGCGACCAAGGACUCCGUUUGAAUCUAAACUAGCCCGUCCAAAUGCAAAGCUUAGGACAGGGGAGCCUUUGAAGAUGGAAGAUGUCAAGGAUUGGACAAUAGAUGUUAUAACUGACGCACUAACACGAGCUGAAGAAUGUGCUAAACGAGGAUCGAACUAAGCUUUUAAGUCGAUAAUAGUGGUCAUUAAGGUGGAUAUAGCAAAUCAGUGUCAAGUGCCAAUACUUUCAUGUGCAGAAGAUUGUCAAAAGAAGCUCAUAAAGUAGACGUAGGAACUCUGCCAAUGAACCAUGAGGUUAUAGAUCUGAGGCUAAAUAGAAUUACCAGAAGUUUUAGAAUAUGGUAGAUUCCCAGAAAUGAAAGGGAGAAACUUGUUUCUAGCACAAAGUUGCCCAAGUCUCAUUCCUGUAUAAGAGAACAAAAUUGUUGAAAAAAACCCCAGAAAAAUAGUAAAUGUAUGACAGAGAAGAAAGCCAUUUUUUUU